AUGCCUGGUACCUCUCUCGAGACUUUCACACAGUCGCUCUUGUCGUAUCUGCCGCCAGAUGAUGUCGAGAAUUCGCCUAAAGUCAUCGUGAUGAAGCCACCGAUUGCUUCUCCGACUCCCAUACGUCCUAACGGUCAAAAGCCGCAGCCCGUUACUCCAGACUAUGACCCGGCCCUUGUUUGUGUCCUCGAGCUUGCGACUGUUCUAGCAACGCGUGACCAAGAUUCGAUGUCAUCAUUUGGCAAGGACGUUGCUCAGUCUUUGAAGUCUGUAAUUCACGACGCUGAUGAACUACAUCCUGUGACAGUUGGUCGGGCAUCCUACUAUCUCUUGAACUUGCUCAAAGCUAGUGAUGUCAGUUCUCUUCAUCAUAGCCAUACGUGUUUUGCUGACCAGAAGCAGGAUCACGAUUAUGUUCGCGCCCCAGUUGUGUUGCAUACCAUUUCGUCCUUCAGCCAAGACCUUCUUCAAAGAUGCGGCCCAACAAUUCUCAAAGGCAUGUCUGGAUGCAUCAAAGGGCCUGCAAGCCUCCGGAAAGAGAUGGCAACAUCCCCAGAUUUCUGGUCGGUGCUCCAUGCUCUUCAACCAAAUCCAGAAGCUGCUCCGCUAGCUUUCCAUAUCACCGAGGACAUUGCCACAGGAUCACCUCAAGCUAUUACUGCUGACAACUAUGAAUCGGCUAUUGGUUUGUUGAAUACCUUUGCCACAAUUAGCGCUGUACGUGAACAACGUAGAGAUCCAGCUGCGCGACGAGCCAAACCAGCUGCACCUGAGAAGCGGCCGGCACCUGAUGAAGCCACCCUUCGUGGUGUCAGGGCGAUGGCAAUUGUAUCACAGAUGACUGGUCGUGUGCCUGCCUUCAUCAAGCAGUCUCAUCUGGAACCCAACGAGGCGUGGCAGGCAUAUUGGCUUCCCAUCUUCAGGUGCUUCAUUAUGCAAUGUGUCAGCCCUUCUCGCGAAGUUCGCCAGCAAUCAUUUGCAUCUUUGCAACGAUGCUUGCUGUCUAAUGAUCUAGCAUCACCAGAACACAAUGAGUGGACAAAUAUCUUUAGUCAGGUCGUAUUCCCUCUGGUUCAGCAGCUACUCAAGCCCGAGGUAUACCAGAUUGAUCCUCUCGGCAUGAGUGAGAUGCGCAUACAGACCGCGCAACUCUUAUGCAAAAUCUUUUUGCAUUACCUCGUGAUGCUCAGCGAGUGGGAUGGAAUGCAUGACUUGUGGAUGGAGAUCCUGGAUCUCAUGGACCGUCUGAUGAAUAGCGGUCAAGGGGACACACUGGUAAGUUUUCCAAACGCCCUUUGCACGCACGAUUGGCUGACGUUCUUGGCUAUANNGGCGGAAGCUGUGUCGGAAUCUCUCAAAAACAUACUGCUCGUCAUGUCCAGUGGCGGCUACCUCAAGCGACCAAGCGAGGACGGUGAACAAUCAGAGCAGCAAAAACAAUUGUGGAACGACACGUCGGACAGAUUACACAAAUUUCUUCCGGACCUGAUGCCUGAACUGUUCCCGGAGCUGGAGGCCAAGGAGAAGAAAGAAAUAGGGACGGAAGGAGUUCCUGAAAGAGUUGAGGCAAGUGCGCCUGCGCCUGCUACUGAGAAGAACUCAGAGGUUGCGUAA